GUUGUUGUGAGCUUGAGUAGCUGCUGCUGGAGCUGCUUGAGUUGCUAUCUUAUCAUAUUGAUGGUUUAAGGUCCUUAGGCUAUCCCAGAUAAUUUUGCAAUUCUCAGAGAAUUUCUUCCUCGUGGAGAGCAUUUUCAUAAUUUAUUUGAGCAGUGGGAUAGCAAAAUUGUUAUUUAAAAAAAAAGAAGAAGAGAAAUAUACAAUUGGAGGUGUGCAAUUACAACAUGAAGCAUUUACUUUAUUUUUAAUCUAUUAACCUUAGGAUGCUACAUUGUUAUUUUUAUGAAUUAUUAUGCAGGUUGUAAGAGGUGGUAGGAGAGAAAAUAUUUCAAUAUAUGACAUUGUUGUUGGUGAUGUUAUACCUCUUAAGAUUGGUGAUCAGGUCCCAGCAGAUGGAAUCAUAAUUUCUGGUCAUUCUCUUGCCAUCGAUGAAUCUAGCAUGACUGGGGAAAGCAAGAUUCUGUGCUCUAGCAACAAUGAAUUGUACUCUCCUUCACAAGCUCUGGUCAGGACCCAUAUGGUGUGGAAGAAGGACAAGAAGAGAAUCAGGAGAGUGAGGUGCACCUGCUAUUUCCCUUCCCACUGCAGGCAUGUUGGUUCUUUCUGCUUCCUUCUUUGUCCCCACAUGGGUAUGUUUUUGUUCUUUCUCAUACUGCUCUGA